CCGCCAUUAUACACGAAGAAGAACGGCGCCUUGUCAGUUUUUCUCUUUUACUUCGUCAUUCUGACAAAUUAUCACCUUCAAAUAAGCACAACGACUGAAAAAUGCCUUUGCCGGUUCAAGUCUUCAAUUUUCAGGGGUCUGUGGAGCCCAUGCAGAUUGAUGCGGAUCCCCAGGAAGAUCAACAGAAUGCUCCAGACACCAACUAUAUCGUGGAGAAUCCAACACUGGAUUUGGAGCAGUACGCCACCAGCUACAGUGGAUUAAUGCGGAUCGAGAGGCUCCAGUUCAUUGCAGAGCACUGCCCCCAGCUCCGCGUAGAAGCCCUUAAAAUGGCCCUGUCCUUCGUCCAGAGGACCUUCAAUGUUGACACGUAUGAAGAAAUCCAUCGCAAACUCACAGAGGCCACACGGGAAGUGCAGGGGGUACCAGACACAGUGCCUGAAGGUGGCGUUGUUCCUCCUCCCCUGGACUCGGCCUGGGCUGAAUCCACCAGGAAGAAGGCGUUACUCAAACUGGAGAAGCUGGACACAGAUCUGAAGAACUACAAGGGGAACUCCAUCAAAGAGAGUAUCAGGAGAGGCCAUGAUGACUUGGGCGACCAUUAUCUGGACUGUGGUGACCUCAGCAACGCCCUGAAGUGCUACUCCCGAGCCAGAGACUACUGCACCAGUGCUAAGCAUGUUAUCAACAUGUGUCUUAAUGUCAUCAAGGUUAGUGUUUAUCUCCAGAACUGGUCUCACGUGCUGAGCUAUGUCAAUAAGGCGGAAUCCACGCCAGAGAUCGCAGAGCAACGAGGAGAGCGAGAUAGCCAAAACCAGGCGGUCCUGACCAAAUUAAAGUGUGCUGCAGGCCUGGCAGAGUUGGCCUCACGCAAAUACAAACCGGCAGCCAAGUGUUUCCUGCAGGCUUCCUUCGAUCAUUGUGACUGUCCAGAGCUCCUGUCACCCACUAACGUUGCGGUCUAUGGCGGCUUGUGUGCUUUGGCCACAUUUGACAGACAGGAGCUUCAACGCAACGUCAUCUCCAGCAGCUCCUUCAAAUUAUUUCUGGAGUUGGAACCUCAGAUCCGAGACAUAAUUUUCAAGUUUUAUGAGUCCAAGUAUGCUUCUUGCCUGAAGCUGUUGGAUGAGAUGAAGGACAACCUCCUGCUGGACAUGUACCUCGCCCCCCAUGUUAAAACCCUGUACAACCAGAUCAGGAACCGAGCCCUGAUUCAGUAUUUCAGCCCGUAUGUAUCUGCAGACAUGACUAAGAUGGCUCAGGCCUUCAACACCACGGUAGCAGCUCUGGAGGACGAGCUGACCCAGCUCAUCCUGGAGGGACUCAUCAACGCACGCAUCGACUCCCACAGCAAGAUCCUGUACGCCAGGGAUGUGGACCAGAGGAGCACCACCUUUGAGAAGUCCCUGCACAUGGGCAAGGAGUUCCAGAGGCGAGCUAAAGCCAUGAUCCUCCGAGCUGCCGUGCUGCGCAACCAGAUACAUGUCAAGUCUCCACCCAGAGAGGGCAGCCAGGGCGAGCUGACACCUGCUAACAGCCAAAACCGCAUGAGCACCAACAUGUGAGCCGCCCACCACCGACCCUGGUCCAGACUCACAUGGCGCUGCCAUCACCUGGAAACUCCACUUGCCACACCUCAGACAAUGAAAACCCAUAAAGACCGUUUGUAUGCUGACCGGCACAUUCAGAAGACACACCGGCAUGUACUUUGACAUCAUAAGCUUUAAAAAUAAACCACUUCCUGAAACAGGCCGCAUGUCUGUGUUG